CGUCCCAGGAGGUAACGCGGCGCCGGGUGGGGCGGGAGCGGCUGGGGUUGGAUGGAGCCCGGCCCGCAGCGAGGCGUUGGUGAGAACGGGCUAUGGAUUCUGAAUCAAAAGACAGCUUAGUAGGAAGCUUUCUUCAGCCUCCAGCUAAAAUGAUUCCUGCACCCUUUGUUUAUGGAGAACCAAAGAAGUUGGCAGCUGCUGGUGACAAUGGGCCUUCUAUCUGCUAUAACCAAGCUGUGGUGGCAGCCCUGAGAACUCUACAACAAAAGAUCCACCGUCUAGAGCUGGAGAGGUCACAUGCUGAGGAGAAUCUGUGCAGCCUUUCUGUAGCAGCUGCUCAGUAUAAGAAGGCCUUAGAGCACGAGUCCUUCAAAAAUGAUACAGCACAUCACAAACUGAUGCAACAGAGGAAAGAUUUAAGUGUGCAGUUAAAUGCAGCACAGUCUCGCUGCUCCCUGCUGGAGAAACAGCUGGAUUACAUGAGGAAAAUGGUUGAGAGUGCAGUACUGGAAAAUAAAAUGAUUUUAGAACAACAGAAAGAGAAAAAUCAGAACCAGAUGGAACUGCAUGCAAAACUUGAAAAACUUGAAGUGCUAGAAAAAGAGUGUCUUCAACUUAAUGCUACUCAGAGAAUUGUAGAGGACAAAAUCAAACAUUUAGAAGAAAAGCUUUGUAAAGAAGAGCAUCAGUGCAAGCUAAUACAAGACAAAGCUGCUCAGCUUCAGACAGAAUUUGAGAUAAACAGAAUUUUGAUGUCUUUGGAUUCAUCUGAAAGUGAACUUAAAAAGAGAAGCAAGAAAAAAAGCCCUAAGAAGAAAAAUCCUACAAUGAAGGAAAUUCAUCUUCCACAAUUUCACGUACAGGCAGGUGUGCUACCUUUUGUGGUUGGGAAGUCUGUCAGCUCCAGCCAUUCUCUUUGUGCAAAUGUACAAAGUGUGCUGCAUAUUAUGAAGCAUCGCAAUCCACAUAUCUCAUCACAAAGACAAAUUCAAAAUAGAUCUGGAAUUUCAGGACAAACAACUCUUUCAAAAUCUGUAUCCUCAUCAUCUACUGUCACCAGAAGACUUUCUGACCUUCUGUUGGGAAUACAAGAUGAGCUGAGCCAAAUGAGCGUUGAACAUCAAGUACUUCUGAAGGAGAUCCAGGAGACUCAGGACUCCAAAAUUCGUGAAGAUCUAGAACAGAGGCUGAAUUUCCUUGUAAAACAAAUGAACAGCAAAGGAGAACAAAUAUCUAAGUUGAAAAAACACGAGAAAAGCGUGCAGAAAUUAAAGCGAAAGACUCAGAAAUUGAAGAAAGAGGCAGCUCAUGUCAAACCAAAAAAAGAUAACCAAAAGGAAGCAAAGCAGAUUUUGGGCACUGUAAGGGAAAGUAUGUCCAAAUCUCAUGCUGGGCAGAAAAGCAGAAGCUCCCUUCAGCUGCUAAAGAAUGUACAGAAGCUUCAGUCAACACUGAAAAAAGACGACAUUAUGUGGGAACAAUAAUUCUCAAAUUAAAGUUUUUGAACUUGUCUGACAGCUAGUAAAUUUUGAAUUUCACAGAGUAGCUUUUAAAAAUAAAAUAAAUUUAGCAUUUCUCAUUCUAAA